AUGGGCAGCCGGGAAGCUGCAAGAGAGCUGGUGAGGCUCGCCUGGCCUUCCAUCCUGGCGCUGUUGCUUGACCAGGUAACUGGGCUCACGACAAUGUUUUUCGUGGCGGCGCUGGACGAUGAGUACCUUCUGGGCUCCGUCGGCUUGGGUGCCAUGGCACAGAACGUCUUCGGCUUUAGCUUGGGCAUGGGAGUGAACAGCGCGUUGUCCACGCUUGUUUCGCAGGGCAAAGGGGCCGGGCGCCUGGACCUUUGCAAGCUUGCGCUGGAGCAGGCGCAGAUUCUGAGCUUGCUGGUAGCCGUGCCGAGCAUGUUCCUGAUGAUGUAUGCCGGGGCCUUCUUUGAGGCUGUGGGCAUCAAUCAGCGUUCGGCUCGCGAUGCUGGAGAGUAUGUGCGGGGGACCAUCUUCGUGAUGCCCAUCCACUUCCUGUCCUGCGCCACCCGCCUCUUCUUGCGGGCACUGAAGCUUCCUCGCCCACCAACCUACGUCAGCCUGGUCGUGGCGCUCUUCCAUCCGCUCUGGUGCUACCUCCUGCUCCACCGCUUGGCUGCUGGCGCUUUCGGCGCCGGCCUUUGCGUUUCCAUCAGCUACGGUCUGUAUUUCGUGCUUCUGACGGCCUAUGUGGCACUGGUGAGGCCGGCACCCUGCGGCGACGCCUGGACACCCCUACCGCUGGGGCUGGUGAAACGGCGUCUCCGUCAGUGCAUGAAGCCCCUCGAGGCCGAGCGCCAGGCCACGGAGGCCGAGCCUGGUUUCCGGGAUUACCUUUGUGUGGCCUUGCCAUCUGCAGUGCUGAUGUGGACGGAGUGGUGGGUCUACGAGGCGAUGAGCCUUCUGGCAGGGCUCUGCGGCAAGACGGCGUUAGCGGCGCACACCGGCACCUCCUCCUGGCUCCUCAUCGUCUUCAUGGUCCCCCAGGGUCUGGGCUCGGCGACCUCGGCAGCUGUGGGCCAUGCCAUUGGUGCAGGUCACAGCAGAGAGGCCCGCAGCAGCUUGAAAGCUGCGGCGGCACUCAUCCUUGGGAUCUGCCUUCUCCUCGGACUGCUGCUGUGCCUCUUCCGUGGGGCCGCAGCUCGCGUCUUCAGCACCGAUGACGCAGUGGUCGAGACCAUGAACGUCCUCAUCGUCAUCCUAGUUGUUUUCCAGUUCUUUGACGGCUUGCAAACCGUCCUGGAGGGCGGCCUCAUAGGCCUGGGUCUCCAGCGUGGGGCUUCACAAGUGAAGCUGGUGUCCAUGGUGGUGGUGCGUCUCGGCGGGGCAUAUGUACUCGCCAUCUCCCUCCACAUGGGGGUUUCUGGAAUCUGGGUGGCCGGCGUCCUUGGGAUGCUGGUCACAGUGUGCUUGUAUGCCCGCCUGCUGCGACGUUGUGACUUCGAGCUGUUGGCCAGCUGUGCCCAGCAACAGCUGACCCAGCCGCUGCCGCGGCACGCUGUUCUUGGCGCCGACGCGGCCCGCACAGGACGCCGCGGAUGCUGUGGUUCUGACUUCCUGGCAUCAGCGCCCAAGGCUGCGCCCAGAGCACAGGUCUCGAGCCUGCACGCCGCCUACAGCACUGAAAAGCCUUCGAGCAUUUCGAAGGUCUGCGCGACGGAAACGGAGGAUGCCUUCCUCCGCCGCUACGGCGGCCGCCUCUUGGGGGGCGCCGAGGCGGAGACUGCACAAGGGACGGCCGACGCCGUCGACUCACAGAACUUUACGCCCAUCCUCUUUGCAAACUGCCUCAUCAUAGGCCUCUCGGCUGCCCUGGGUGGCUACGACCACGGCGCCGCCAGCGGCGCGCUGCAGAAUCUUGUGACGCUGCGAGGUCUGAAGAUUCACGGCAGAUUGGGGCCGCUCCUGCAGGGAUGGAUCGUGGCCUCGGCUUGGAUGUCGAACAUCGGCGGCAACCUCUGCGGCUACUACAUGCCCACGCCACGGCUAGCUCUGAUUGUGGCUGGCAUUUUUGAGGCCAUCGGAAGCCUCCUGACGGCCAUGGCUCCGCAACUUUGGGUCCUCAUCCUGGGUCGCUUGAUCAACGGCUUCGGUCUUGGACUCAACGGCGUGGCCGUGUCGCAGUACAUCAGCGAAAUUGCGCCCCCCAAUGCGCGAGGUGGCGCCAUCGCGGUGCAGGAGACGACGUUUGUGUCCGGCGCCUUUGUGGGAGCUUUGGUAGGACAGCACUUCCUUCGGCUCAAAGGGGGGUGGCGCACGACCUGGGGCCUCGCGUCACCGUUGGGCCUGCUGGCGGUCCUGACCAUGCUACGAAUGCCGGACACCCCCCGGUCUAUCUACCGCCGCGCCGCCCGGACGGCCAACGAGCAGCGGUCCGAGUCGCCAGAGGCUGCCCAGCGCCGUCUCAUGGCAGUGCUCGAGGCAGCACGGCGGGACGCACUCAGUACCAUGUGCCAGAUCCGUGGGCUGGAGUUCGCAGAUGCGGCGAUGCUGCAGGAGCUGGAUGGCAUCGAGCGGACGUACAUCUCUGAGCUGAACCUCCUCGGCCGCGCCGCAUCUGCGUCGGGGUCCCCCAGCGCCGCGGGCACCCAGGAGUGGUGGCAGGAGGAGCUGCCAAUCUCGCAGAUCUUCAAGUCCCCUGUGCAUCUGCGCCUCCUCCUCGCCGGCUGCGCGGCCAACACGCUGCCUGCACUCUCAGGCUCUGAGGCCCUUCUGAACUACGCUGGGCAGAUGUUUCACAUGGUGGGCUUCGGCUACCCGGACGCAGCUUCCUUGGCGGUGAGCUUGUAUGGCGUCAAGCUUGUCAUGGCCUUCCCGAGCUUCCUGUGGCUCGACUCGGUGGGCCGACGUGUGCUGCUCUCCUACGGCCUCUCCGGGGUUACCGCGAGCUACGGUGUGGCAGCGCUGGGCCUUGGCCUUCACAGCCCCACGCUGGCUGGCGUCGGCCUGAUGGCCUCGCAGGCCAUUUACCAAGGAGCAGUCGGGCCCGUGACGUGGAUCGUGUCGUCAGAGAUGUAUCCGUCGGACAUGCGCGCCAGAGGGUGUGCUAUCGCCGCAGCCACGUUCUCCACGUUCACCCUGCUGUCCGUGCAGUUCCAUCCGCUUCUCAUCUCCAGGGGCCAUUUCACCGUCCUGUCCAUGUACGCAUUGAGCGCGCAGGUAGCCUGGCUGCUGACGCGCGUGACGGUGCCGGAGACCAAGGGGCGAACCUUGGAGGAGAUCCAGGACGAAGCCUUUCAGGGCCGGCUCUUUCGGCGCACCUCGAUGCUGGAGGCCAGCUCUAUCUUUGGCUUGGAGCCGGAGCCGGACGCAGCUGGCUGA